AUGUUUAAAACUUUAUUUUGGAAUGCUCGAGGUGCUGGAAGUGAGAACUUUAGAUCUGCAAUUGCAGACCUUGUUAAAAUUCACUCUGUUGAUGUGUUAGCUAUUUGUGAACCCCGUGUUCAAUUUUCUAAAGCUUGUGCUAGUCUUAGACUGCUUGGUUUCUCUGAUUCAAGGGUAGUUGAAGCUGAUGGUUUCUCUGGUGGCCUUUGGUUACUUUGGAAUAGUAGCAGGAUUAAAAUUGACUUCAUUGAUGAAAAUUUUCAAUCCAUUUUUGUUAAAGUUACUCUCCCUGGCAAGCCUUCCUGGAUGCUUACUGUUGUUUAUGCCAGCCCGACUCGCACUACUAGAGCUUCACUAUGGCCUUACUUAGAUCACCUUUCUGCCAGUUUCAAUCUUCCUUGGAUGCUUAUUGGUGAUUUUAAUGAGUUAGUCUCCUGUGCUGAUAAAAAUUGUGGUCCUUUCACUGGGCGUUUUGGUGGCCUUAGGGAAUGGAUAAAUAGAAAUGCUAUGAUUGAUAUGGGAUUCCAUGGUUCUUGCUUUACUUGGAGCAAUAAUAGAAUCAAAGAAAGGUUGGAUAGAGGUUUCUGUAAUGUUUCUUGGAGAGCUACUUUUGAUGAAGCCUUCAUCCAACACUUGCCUAAAACCAGGUUUGAUCACUGUCCUAUUAUCAUGCAAUUAUUCUCUAACAAUUUUGUGAACAGGGAGGCUGCCCCUUUUCGCUUUCAAGCAAUGUGGUUUUCGCAUGAUAACUAUGUUGAUUUUGUAUCCAACACUUGGAGUUCUUUGACUGGUGACUUCUCUUCCAAAGUCAAGGCUCUGGCUACAGCUCUUUCUAAGUGGAACAGAGAUGUGUUUGGCCAUCUGAUGCAUAAGAAAAAGAGACUCCUAGCCAGAAUUGGGGGAAUUCAAAAGGCAAGAGACAGGUUUGAAAACCCAUUCCUGGUUAAUCUUGAGGCUGAUCUCAUCCAAGAAUAUGAAACGCUCAGGGACCAAGAAAACAUGUUCCUGGAGACAAAAAUCAAGAGAUAA